GGGCACAGGUGGGUGGCACUGCUGGGCACAGGUAGGUGGCACUUCUGGGCACAGGUGGGUGCACUGCUGGGCACAGGUGGGUGCACUGCUGGGCACAGGUGGGUGAUCUGCUGGGCACAGGUGGGCGGAGCUAGUGGGCGCACUGCUGGGCACAGGUGGGCGGAACUUGCGGGUGGCAUUGCUGGGCACCGAUCAUCAGGGCACUGAUCAUCAGUGCCCUGAUGAUCGGUGCCGAUCCCUGCUCUGACAACUGCCGGUUCUCGGCAGUACUUUCCUCACGAUCUGACAGCGUGAGGAAAGUGCAGCCGAGAACCGGCACUUGCAU